AUGGCGCCACGUGGGCUGUGGUGGGGCCUGGCGUCGGUGGCGGCGGCCGUCGGCUGCGAGCUGCUGGUCGAGUGGCUGCUGAGGCGGCGGGAGGCGCGGCGGCUGCGGGAGGCGCUGUUCUUCCCGUCGCGCCUGUCGUGCGUCGAGGGGCAGAUAGCGGCCGCCGAGGGCGGGGCCCCGUGCUUGUGCUCGCUGCCCCACGACGACCGGACCUCGCUCGGCCGCCUGGUGGCCCGCCUGCUCAGCGCCCGCCGUUCGCUCGACCUCUGCCUCUUCGCCUUCUCCAGCCACCAGCUCCGCCGCGUCCUCCUGCUCCUCCACCACCGAGGCGUCCGCAUCCGGGUGAUCACCGACGCCGACUACAUGGCCCUCCGGGGCUCCCAGAUCGGCGCCCUCCGCCUGGCCGGGAUUCCGGUACGUCAUGAUCAGGAAAGCGGCUACAUGCACCAUAAAUUUGCCAUCAUAGACAAGAGGUGGCUGCUCACAGGAUCCCUCAAUUGGACUUCGCAAGCCAUCCAGCAGAACAGGGAGAACGUUUUGAUAGUCGAAGACGCCGAGUGGGUGAAAUGUUAUCAAGCGGAAUUUGAAAAGCUUUGGGAAGACUAUGAUCCAGCCAAUUACAACUUCUUCUCCAAAGAGAGUAGACAGCCGGCCCAAGGAGGAUACCCAGAAGCUGCUGAGCAUUUGGGGCGCCACCGAGGAGGACAAUGUGAAACUCCUGAAGUUCUGGAUGACGGGCCUCAGCAAGACGUACAAGUCUCACCUCAUGUCCACCGUUCGCAGUCUGACUUUGUCAUCCUCUGAGUCUUGAAACUAGCCCAGGAUUUCUUGGUGGUGCUUGGGGAAAUUUCUUGCUAUGGCCUUCCCCGUCAGAACACUAUUGCUUUAGCUCCAAGGACUGGCAGGAAAGAACAGGAGUCUUGAGUAUCCAUGGAGGGCUGCAACUUACUACUAUAAGUGUGGCCCCCUGAACGCUCUCCGGGUUGGCUUCCAGUAAUUCAGGAACGCCUGUAAUGGGCCAGAAAAGAUGAUUGCUUCUUGGACCAUGUUUGUCUGACUAGUUCUGCAAAGCUAGGAAAAGUGAAUUUCCACUACCCUGCAGAGCCCUUUCUUUUUGGUGGUGAUGGGGCCUUAACACAUCUUGGCACCUUUUCUUCACAGGUCAGAAGUGCUUUGUUUUCAGAUGGGUAGAUGAUAUUUGCCUGCAUUGGAGUGUGAUCAUAAUCUUUCAG